AUGUUUCAUGAAAUAAUAAUUGAUAUCAAGAAAGAAUUCCAGGACAGAUUCCAAGAUUUUGACUCCCUAAAACCAAAACUUGCACUGUUCAAUAACCCCAUGGAGAUUGAAGUGAGUGAGGUGCCCUGCGACCUUCAAAUGGAAAUUUGUGAUCUUCGGGCAGACCCAUUCUACCAGACUAAAAAGUGUGAUGUCCCUGAAACUUGCUGGAAACUGAUUUCUAAAGAACGUUUCCCCAAACUGCUUAAAUUCUCUCUGCAAAUGUUAUCGCUGUUUGGCAGUACAUAUGUGUGUGAAAGUGCUUUUUCUGCUCUCAAACAAAUUAAAUCAAAAACGAGAAAUCGCACUGAAAGUGCUUCACUGGAAUCAAGCCUGAGACUUUGCCUUACUGAACUUACAGUGGACAUUGAUAAACUUGUAUCAGAAAAGCAGUGGCAAUCAUCACAUUGA